AUGCCCAAGGUAUUCAUUAAUUUAGUUUUUAAAUAGAUUUUAUUGAAUAUGACAAGCAGAUAAGAAAAAAGAAAAGGGUUUGUAAGGAGGUUUAAAUUUGUUAUUUUAAUAUUCCAAUUGCAAGGUAUAUAUAUGAAAUAUGUGGUAAAACAAAUAUUAAAAAUGAGUGGUGCUUUUGUUUCCAGUUGA